AUGGUUAAUGGUCAAAAAAUUGGAACGAAUGAAAUUUCGGGACGCUUCUGCUGCAUGACACCACAAUUCCAUUUCACGUGCAUUAACAAAUCAAAUGUUGUGCCUGAAGUUACAUUAAGUA